AGGAGAGAGACCCCUGUUGCUUGGUAGAAAUCAAGGCCUGCCUUUCUGACAGACAGGUUACAUGUGGAUGGUUGGCCCAAGAUGGCAGUUUUCCAACAGGGUGAUCAUGUGUGGGUGAGUUUGUCCCUCAACAAAGAAAACGAUGUCCCCAUUGGUGCAGUUGUGAAGGAUAACACCUACCCUAAUAAAAUAUUGAUAGAAGAUGAUGAGGGAAAGGAACGCUGGAUUGAAGCUCAGAACUUCAAAUCCCUCCAACCCAUGCAUCCCAGUUCAGUUCAAGGGGUGGAAGACAUGAUCCUUCUGGGAGACCUGAAUGAAGCUGGUCUGGUGCACAACCUUCUCAUCCGCUACAAGGAGCACAAAAUCUAUGCUCCUGAAGAGAGGAACUACCACAUCUUUUAUUGCAUGUUAAUGGGAAUGAAUGAGGAGCAAAAGAAGCUACUGAGCUUGGGGACAAUCUCAGAAUACAACUACCUCACCAUGGGGCACUGCAUGUCUUGUGAGGGUCGCAAUGACAUCAAGGAUUAUGCCUCUCUCCGUUCUGCUAUGAAGGUUCUUAUGUUCUCUGAUUCUGAAAACUGGAACAUUAGUAAAUUGUUGGCAUCUAUUCUUCACCUGGGUAAUGUGGAGUUUUCAGCUGCUAUUUCUGAUAAUCUGGACUGCUCUGAUGUCAUGCCAACUUCACAUUUUCUGGCUGCAGUUAAAUUAUUGGAGGUAAAGAACAUGGAGCUCCAGAGCUGUCUGACCAAUCACUACAUCAUCAUCCGAGGGGAAGGUGUGUCCAGACCUCUGAAUGUCCUCCAGGCCAGCGACCGGCGAGAUGCUUUUGUCAAGGGAAUCUAUGGACACCUAUUCCUAUGGAUAGUGAAUAAGAUCAAUUCUGCAAUCUUCAAGGAACGCUCUCAAGACCCUCAGAAUAUGCACAGGUCCAUUGGCCUCCUGGAUAUAUUUGGCUUUGAAAACUUUCAUACAAACAGCUUUGAGCAACUCUGCAUCAACUUUGCCAAUGAGCAUCUCCAACAAUUCUUUGUCCGCCAUGUCUUCACAAUGGAGCAGGAAGAGUAUCAUACACAGAACAUCACCUGGAACUAUAUCCACUUCAAUGACAAUCGGCCCAUCCUUGAUCUACUAGCUCUCAAACCAAUGAACAUUAUCUCGUUGCUGGAUGAAGAAAGCAAAUUCCCCAAGGGCACAGAUGCUACCCUGUUACAAAAAAUGAACCAUCUCCACAGCAACAGCAAAAUAUACGUAGCACCCAAGAACAUUCAUGACAUGAAAUUUGGCAUUAUUCAUUUUGCUGGUUUGGUUCAUUAUCAGGCUGAAGGUUUCUUGGAGAAGAAUCGUGAUGUUCUGAGCACUGAUAUUAUCAAACUGAUAUACUCAUCUGAAAAUAAUUUCCUGCGACAAAUUUUCCAGCUGGAACCAUCUGAGACCAAGCUAGGCCGUGGGACCAUCCGUCAGGCUAGGUUUUCAGACACUUUCUCUAAGAAUGCUGAUGCCACCAAACGCCCCCCUACUCUAGCAAGCCAGUUCAAGCAGUCCCUGGAUCAACUAUUGAAAAUCCUGAACAAUUGCCAACCCUAUUUUAUCCGCUGUAUCAAACCCAAUGAAUUCAAGAAACCAAUGAUCUUCAAUCGGGAGCUGUGUAUACAACAGCUCCGAUACUCGGGCAUGAUGGAGACGGUGAAGAUCAGGAAGGCCGGCUAUCCCAUCCGCUACACUUUUGAAGAUUUCUUCCAGAGGUAUAAGAUGCUCCUGCCUUCGGAUGCUCGAGUUCAGCUGAAGGACAAACCUCGCCAGGCUAUUCAGCGUAUCUCAGAAACCUGGCUAGGGAAAAAUAAAGACUGGAAAAUGGGGAAGACCAAAAUCUUCCUGAAGGAACAACAAGAUACUCUGUUGCAGGCACAGAGGAGCCAAGCACUGCAUAAGAGUGCUGUCAUCAUACAGAAAGUCAUUCGAGGAUACAAGUACAGGAAGGAAUUUCUGAGUCAGAAGCGAGCAGCUGUGACCCUUCAGGCAACAUGGAGAGGUUAUGCCUGCAGAAAGAAUUACAAGUUGAUUGUUUUGGGCUUUGAGAGGCUACAGGCUAUGUUUCGAAGGCACCAAUUGUCACAGCAGUAUAAGGCCACGCGGGCCAAAGUUAUCCAGUUCCAGGCGCUUUGCCGUGGCUAUCUGAUUCGCCAGAAGGUUGCAGAGAAGAGGCGGGCAGUGGUGGUGAUCCAGGCACAUGUAAGGGGAAUGGUUGCCCGCCGGAGCUUCAAGCGGAGAAAAAGAGAGGACCCAGUGGUCUUACCCAUCUCUCAGAAGAACCAAAUGGCCCAACCUGCCAAGAAACGCCAGUCGAUCUAUGACCCUGUCAAUGAUACAGAGAUGGUCGAGCAAGUGUUUGGCUUCCUCCCGAUGAUCAUAGGUGGCCAAGAAGGCCAGGCACCGCAGGGAUUCGAGGAUCUGGAAACCACCACCCAGAAGCUGACUGAGGUGGACCUGGACGCCAUCCCUAUGUCCGAGGAGCCCGAGGAAGACGAAGAUGACCCAGACGAGUACACCUUCCCCAAAUUUGCUGCUACCUACUUCCAGAAGGCUGCCACCCACACCCACAUCCGCCGGCCCCUCCGCCACCCAUUGCUUUACCAGGAGGAGGAUGAAGACUUCAGGAUUGCCCUCCUCGUGUGGAAGAUCAUUCUGCGAUUCAUGGGUGAAUUCCCCGAGCCCCAGCUGUUUGCCAAGAACAGCAGCCUUCAGGUCACAUCAGUAACGAGGCAAAUCCAAGACACUCUGGGCAAGAAGAACAAUGCCCACUUUCUGAGGGGUGUCGUGCCAGAGCAGAAUUCUACUUGGAGGAACAAGGGCACCAGAGACAUUUCCUCCAUGAAGCUGAAGCGUUCGUCCAGGUUGACAGGACAGGUGACAAGGAAGCUGAGCAGUGGAGAAGAGACCUUUGAGGAAGAAAGUCCCAUCACAGAACGGCCUAUGACGAACCUGGAAAAGGUACACUUUAUCAUCAGAAAUGCCAUCCAACGGCCCAACAUCAGAGAUGAGAUCUACUGCCAGAUCUGCAAGCAGCUGUCUGAGAACUAUAACAAGAGCAGUUUUGCAAGAGGCUGGAUUCUACUGUGCCUUUGCCUUGGCUGCUUCCCUCCUUCGGAGAAGUUUAUGAAGUACCUGCUCAACUUCAUCAGCAAAGGGCCCACGGGCUACAGAACUUUCUGCAGCGAGCGCCUGAGGCGGACCUAUGCCAACGGAGUGAGGACCGAGCCUCCCAACUCCCUGGAGCUCCAGGCAGUCAAGUCCAAGUCCCAUAUUCUUUUCAACGUCACCCUGAUGAAUGGGGAAAGCCUGACGCUCACAGCCGACUCUGCCUCGUCGUCCAGGGAGGUCUGCCAAAAUAUCGCUGAUAAACUGCAUUUGAAGGAUCUCUUUGGGUUUUCCCUCUACAUUGCCAUAUAUGACAAGGUCUGGUCAUUAGGUGGAGGGCAUGAUCAUUUGAUGGAUGCCAUCUCCCAGUGUGAACAACUGACCAAGGAGAAGGGUGAAAGUGAACGCCAGUCCCCUUGGCGCUUCUACUUCCUAAAAGAAAUCUUCACUCCAUGGCAUGACUCCAAGCAGGAUUCUGUCAGCACAGAACUCAUUUAUCACCAGAUUAUCCGAGGGUUCCGGUAUGGAGAGUACCGCUUUGAGAAGGAGGAGGACCUUGUGGAGGUGGUAGCCAAACAUUGCUACAUUGAAUUUGGGAGCUCCAUCCAGAACAGUAACAUCCAGAAGACUCUUUCGUCCUGCAUCCCUGGGAAAGUGCUCAAGACAAAGCCACAGGAACAGUGGGUCAACCUUGUAACUGCAGCCUGUGCAAAGGCUUCCUACAUACAAAAUCGCUCCUCUCCACUGUUGGUAAAGCAACAAAUUGUGGAUAUGGUUUAUUUUCAGUGGCCUCUACAAUUUUCCAAGUUUUAUGAAGUUACCAACAUUUCAGGGCCCAACCUGCCCAAGACUGAACUGAUUGUGGCCAUUAACUGGAAAGGUCUCUGCUUCCUCAACAAAUCAGAGAAGAAACUUUUGGAUCUCUCUUUCCCUGAGAUUACUGGCAUAGCCACCAACAGGGCAUUCCAGGUGUUGAAGCAGAAUUUCAUCCUAUCUACCCUGAAGGCAGAAGAGUAUGUCUUUACCUCUAAUGAGAGUGUGGCCAUCGCAGAGCUGGUGGCCAUGUUCCUGGAGGGUCUGAAGAAAAGAUCCAUAUAUGCUAUGGCCAUGAGAGAUAAGAAAUCUACAGAUGACCCUACCAUCCUGGCCCAUAAGAGAGGAGACUUGUUAAUCCUGGCCAAGAGCAACAAGAUAGCGUCCCAUGACAAAUGGAUCCCGGCCCACAAUGAUAGGACAGACAAGACUGGAGAAGUAUCCGUUGAGAGCAUCUAUGUCAUCCCCACUCUCAUGAAGCCUACCCCAGAGAUGAUGACUCUGUUGGCCAUGUCCCCUGAGGAUCGGAAGCUGGCCAUCCAGAAUGCACAGCCAGAAGAACCUGCAGAAGAGCCAAAGGAAAAGCCAUACACACUAGAAGAGUACUCCUAUGAGCACUUCAGGCUCCCUGAAAAGGAGACUAUCAACAAAGCCAUGUUCCCCAAGGGCCGAGGUAAGAGCCAGCUGUGGGAGCAUUCCCGGGAGCCCCUCAGACAACCACUACUGAAGAGAGUCCAUGCCAACGCGGACUUUAGAGAUAUCUCCUGCCAGAUCUUUACUGAUAUCCUUUCUUACAUGGGAGACUACCCGUCCAAGCAGAUCAGGGACCCUGUGGAACUCACUGAUCAGAUCUUCAUGGCCCCCAUCGAGGAGGCUACUCUGAGGGAUGAAGUUUAUUGCCAGAUCAUGAAGCAGUUGACAAGCAACACUAACAGUUACAGCUUGGAGCGUGGCUGGCAGCUUCUCUGGCUCUGCACUGGCCUCUUCCCGCCUAGUAAAACGCUGCUGCCACACACCCAGAAGUUCAUCGAGACCAGGAGGAAGAAGCAGCAACUUGCACCUGAUUGCAGCAGAAGGAUUCAAAGGGUGAUGAGGGUCAACCCCCGAAAGUAUCCCCCUCACCAUGUGGAGGUGGAGGCCAUUCAGCAAAACAUCACCAGAAUCUGUCACAAGGUUUACUUCCCCAAUGACACAAAUGAGGUAUUUGAAGUUGGGACCAACACGAAGGUUCAGGACCUGUGUCAAAACAUCAGCACUCACCUACAACUAAACUCCUGGGAGGGUUGUAGCCUAUUUGUCAAGAUUUCAGACAAGGUCAUCAGCCAAAAAGAAACAGAUUUCUUCUUUGACUCCUUAAGGCAGGUGUCUGACUGGAUUAGAAAGACCAAACCAACAAAAGAAGGGGCAACAACAGUAACCCUGACUUACCAUGUGUACUUCAUGAGAAAACUCUGGCUGAACGUCUUCCCUGGAAAAGACUUGAAUGCUGACAUUAUCCUUCACUAUCAUCAGGAACUGCCCAAGUACCUUCGAGGAUUCCACAAGUGCACCAGGGAGGAUACCAUCCAGCUUGCAGGCCUCAUCUACAAGGUCCGGUUUGACAAUGACAGGUCCCAGCUAGCCACUGUCUCCAAGAUCCUGAAGGACCUUGUGCCUGAGAAUCUAAUCCGAUCGAUGUCUUCGGAAGAAUGGAAAAAGAAUAUCUUUGCUGCUUACCUUAACUAUGAAAAGAAGACAGUCGAUGAAGCCAAGGUAGCCUUCCUGAAAAUGAUUUACCGGUGGCCUACCUUUGGCUCUGCUUUCUUUGAGGUGAAGCAAAGCUCAGAGCCGGCCUACCCAGACAUCAUCCUCAUUGCCAUCAACAAGCGCGGACUGCAGCUCAUCCACCCCAAGACCAAGGAGGUCCUUAACACCUACCCCUUCAGCAAAAUCUCCAGCUGGAGCAGUGGGAGCACCUACUUCCACCUGGUGCUUGGGAAUCUCAUGAAGGGAAACCGGCUGCUGUGUGAGACCUCCCUGGGCUAUAAGAUGGAUGACCUGCUGACCUCCUACGUGCAGCUGCUCAUGAGUACCGUAAACAAGCAGAAGAGCUCUCCAGCCUCAGACUGAGACGGGACUUGGGUGGAGGUCACGCCAUCCCUCUGUGCAAGCCUCGCUUGAUGGACGGGGAGUGUCAUCCCCACAGAGAAACCCAAGUUCUUCAUCACAGGAGGGACCUGCCCCAGGCAGAGCCUUAGCCAGGGGGAGCAGCACAUAGUGAAGCCUGGCCUGAGAUGGAGCCUGAGGGUGGAGGUGGAGUGACCAGGGAAAAGAGCUGCCCCAGGGAUGAGGGAGAGGCAGCCAGGGGAUCCCGGGAGCCAGGCUGGUGCUCGGGAGGAUGCUGCCUGCCAUCUGGAAGCUUCCUAGGACCUCUCAGAAAGACCAAAAUAUGACCCUCCCCGUUACACCCAACUGUACUCCAAGUAUGCCCAUUUCUCUUGGGGGCAUGACCAGCUCUCGAGGCACUGCCACAUACAUCCUCAGCUUCGUCCUCAGUUCUUUCUUCUCAUUUAUUCCCUUUAUCCAACCAGGCACCAUGACGUUUUGACUUCCUCCACAAUUUGUCUUUUAUUUAUCCACCUCACUCUAUUCAAGUAACUAUAGCUCUUAUAACCUCUCAAAAUAGCUUCCUGGGCCUGCUAUAGGUGACUCAGUGGAUUGAGAGCCAGGCUUAGAGAUGGGAAGUCCUGGGUGCAAAUCUGGCCUCAGACAC